UAGGGGCAAAUAACCGACUGGUGGGAGAGAAGAUCCAAGUGGAUUACGUUGACAGAACAAUAUGUUCUGGCUGACACUCGGUCUUUAAAAAAACCACGAUAAAUCUAAUUAACAAUAAUUAAAAGUUCUGUGCAAGUGUUUGGGUAUUGAAAGCAUGCGAUGCCCGCACGCAGAAGACGUGGUGCAGAGGUAGAAAGUGAUUUUAGUAUCAUAACCUCUAAAGAAUUAACAUCGAGUAAUCAAGGACAGUAUUAUUACAAUAAUGAGAAUACUUGUGGGAUAGAUACAGAUACGAGUGAUUUUUAUCCAGUGGUCAUGACGUCCAGGGAUCGAACUGGUGAAUUUGCCAAUGCCAUCAGGACGAUGCAGGGGAGGACAGCAGCCAGGGUGGCUACUGUUCGUAAUCCCCGACAGGCCAAGAGCCUCCAAAGCUACUCAAAUUUCAUGAUGAUUGCCAAAAAUAUUGGGAAGAACAUCGCCAGCACUUACGCCAAGCUGGAGAAGCUCACAAUAUUAGCAAAAAAGAAAUCCAUUUUCGAUGACAGGCAGAUUGAAAUUGAGGAAUUGACCAACAUUAUUAAAAUGGAUCUGAACAGUCUGAACAAGCAGAUUGCUCAAUUACAGGAAUUGGGGAGAAAACAGAGGGAGUCUUCCUCCCAGGGUCAUCACAUUUCCUCGCACUCGUCGUCAGUGGUCGUCGCGUUGCAAUCAAAACUCGCUAACAUGUCUAAUCACUUCAAGAGUGUUCUUGAAGUGAGAUCGGAGAACAUGAGGGAAGAGCAGAGUAGGCGGGAGCAAUUCACCCAGGGCCACGUCUCCACGAGACUUCCUCCAAGUGUUAUGAGUGGACAGCAAGGUUCUCUUCUCAUGCAGGAACAGGACUCCAACACUGUCAGUAUAGACUUUGAUCCUGAGCCGAGGCAGAUGAUGAUUCAGAAGACUAUUCGGGAUGAUAGUGAGGCCUAUGUUGCAUCCAGAGCAGACACAAUGCAAAAUAUUGAAUCCACUAUUGUCGAGCUCGGUGGAAUAUUCCAGCAAUUAGCCCACAUGGUGAAGGAGCAGGAGGAAAUGGUGGAGAGGAUAGAUACUAAUAUUGAGGAUGCAGAAUUGAACGUGGAAGCUGCUCACACAGAGAUCCUCAAGUAUUUUCAGUCAGUCACCAAUAAUCGAUGGCUCAUGAUCAAGAUAUUCGCUGUUUUGAUAUUUUUCUUCAUAUUUUUCGUUGUCUUUGUAGCGUGAACUCAUUUAAUGUAUCAAGGGAAUUCUGUCAUAUUUCUGGCUCUAUAGGUUUUGUCAAAUUUUAAAUAUUAAAUAAUAAUGUAUAAAGCAUUUACAGCAUUCCUCGAUCUACUCUUCAAAAUGGUUACUGUAAAAUAUGUUAUCCACUUAUUGAUUUAUAAAUAUAAUUUUCGAAGGAA